AUGCUGGAACAAAAUGCUCAGAAGAAGAGUCGAUCACCAUCGUUGGCUUCAUUGCGAAACGGCAGUAUAUCGCCAAGUCGAACUGAUUCAUCCGAACCGCUUCCAUACAGAGUGCGACGUCAUACCGCAACAGCUGAUGAAAUGCUCUAUCCGGCAGAAACAGCGGAACCGACAUCUCCUAAGGAACCCGAAGCGCCAAAGCCAGAGCUACCUGUAGAAGAAGAGAAGAAGGAGAAAAAGCAAAGAGUGUAG